CGCCGACGACGACGACGACGACGACGACGACGACGACGACGACGACGAGGAGGAGGACGACGGCGACGACGACAACGACGACAACUACGAGUACAACAAGCAUCAGUGUUACACUUGCCGAUCAGCGGGCCUGUUGUCAACGUUGUUUAUCGUCGAGUUUGGUUAUCAAGUGUAAGGAGUUUAACAUUGACAACGACGUGGACUCAAUGAGAACUUGUCUUCUUUGUGAAAGGUUACAUGGAUCAUCGUCGAACGAUCGAGAUGAUUUCGAUCGGAUCGACGAUCCUUUUCCUUCUCUUCCUAUUCCAUCAUCAUCAUCAUCAUUAUCAUCAUCAUCAUCUUCUUCUUCUUCUUCCUCUUCUUAUUCGUAUUCUUCCUCCUCCUCUUCCUCCUCCUCCUCCUCCUCUUCUUCUUCUUCUUCUUCUUCAUCUUCCUCGUCGAAACAUUUUAAUUCGUAUUCGAAGUCGUCCAAGUAUUACGAAGUUUCGUCGAAGAGGAUUAGAAAGGACGAUAAGUGGAUAACGAGGGAGAAUAAUAAUUGUUGGGUCGAUAAUCCUGGACAAAAUUCGAGAUUGGCCUCGAGUGUUGUACGGUGGAAGAAUUUGUGUUAUUGGAGACUAGCUUUCAGUAUUGCCAUUUUCCUAGCUCUCAACUUCCCGCCUAGUACUUUGGCCGGUUUUCAAGGGAGAACCACGAUUGGUAACACCAAGAAAGACGGGGUGUGCCAAAGUAUAGACAUAAGAAACAGCGUGAAUCAAUUCACAAGACUGCAAGGAUGUCGAGUAGUCGAAGGAUUCGUCCAAAUUCUACUAAUCGAUCACGCCGACGAUUCGGCCUAUGCGAAUCUCACGUUUCCAGAUUUGGUAGAAAUAACAGAAUACCUCGUUUUAUACAGAGUAAAUGGACUACGAAGCGUCGGCCGUCUCUUUCCAAAUCUGACAGUGAUUCGAGGCCAUUCUCUAUUUAUCAAUUAUGCUCUAGUUGCAUUUGAGAUGAUGCACCUACAAGAAAUUGGUCUUCAUUCAUUGACUGAUAUUCUACGUGGUUCGGUUCGUUUCGAAAAGAAUCCAGCGCUUUGUUAUGUUGACACCAUCGAUUGGGAUAUCAUAGCCAAAGCUGGGAAAGGCGAACACGUCAUAUCGGGAAAUAAACCAAAGAAUGGCUGUCCGAUAUGUGAAAAAAAUUGUACCACUAGAUUGACCAAGCCUGAUGAAACGCUUUGCUGGAAUCGACAACACUGCCAACGAAUAUGUAAGAAAAAAUGUGGAGAAGAUUCGUGCGACGAGACAAAUGCUUGUUGUCAUUCGUCGUGUCUGGGAGGCUGUACAGGACCAACAGAGAAUAAUUGUAAAGUUUGUAAGAACGUGUUGGUUGGAGGUAGUCAUUGUCAAGAACGUUGUCCAAACGGUACAUAUGAGUUUAUGAAUCGUCGUUGUAUCGGAGAGGACGAAUGUCGUCAAAUGGUAAAGCCACGAGAGGCUUUGAGCAUCGUCAAAGAUAAUCCGUACAAACCGUUCAAUGGUAGUUGCAUCAUCGAAUGUCCUGCCGGUUAUAUGGACGAAGAGGUCAAUAACAAGACGUCUUGUAAGAAAUGUGAAGGUCCUUGUUUGAAGGAAUGCGCUGGUACUAGCGUAGACAGUAUCGCUUCUGCUCAGAAACUACGUGGUUGCACUCAUAUCACCGGUAGCCUCGAGAUUCAAAUAAGAGGCGGUAAGAACAUCGUCAACGAGCUGGAAGACAGUUUGAAUAUGAUAGAAGAGAUCGACGGUUAUCUGAAGAUAGUACGUAGUUUCCCUCUGAUAUCUUUGAACUUUUUGAAGAGUCUACGAAUAAUAAGAGGGAAGUAUUUGGACAACAGCAAGUAUACUCUGGCCGUUCUGGACAAUCAGAACCUUCAAGAACUCUGGGACUGGAGUACUCACGGCAAGAUCAAGAUUCUCUCCAAAGAUGGCCCGGCUAAGGUCUUUUUUCAUUUCAAUCCGAAGCUAUGCUUUCAUAAGAUCGAAACUCUUAUAAAAAAAGCGGAGCUUGGAGAUUUCUCAGAACUGGAGGUUGCACCGAAUAGCAACGGCGACAAGGUAGCUUGCAACGUUACGGAAUUGAAAACGAUCGUCACAAAGACUACGUCGGACGCAGCAUUGAUCGAAUGGGAACAAUUCACUCAUCACGAUCCUAGAUCGUUAUUGGGAUACGUGGUGUACUUCAUCGAAGCACCAAAUGAAAACGUGACGAUGUACGAUGGCAGAGAUGCUUGCGGAGGCGAUGGCUGGAGAGUCGACGACGUUUCUGCCAUCGAAGGAUCAACCAAACCAAUCGCUACCAAUUACACGGAAGCUGAAAAGCCAAGUUACCUCUCUCAUAUUUUAACUCAAUUGAAACCGUUCACGCAAUACGCCUUUUAUGUAAAAACGUACACCAUCGCCACGGAGAGAUCCGGUGCUCAAAGCAAAGUCACGUAUUUCACGACGAAACCUCACGCACCUAGCGCGCCUAGAGGUCUCUCAACUUACAGUAAUUCUAGCAGCGAGCUCAUCGUCUCUUGGUUACCACCGUUAAGGAAAAACGGUAAUCUCACGCACUAUAGAAUCGUUGGACGUUGGGUACCGGAUGACUCGAACUUUAUCGAUCAGAGAAACUACUGCGACGAACCGAUGUCCUUGCCGGAAAAGAAGUCAAUGUCGGUAAUGGCCGAAGAAGAGAGAAAACGCGCGGAGGAAGAAAAGGAAUUAGCGAAGAUACCGGAAACAACAUCCUGCGACUGUGCGGAUCGAGAAAUGGAUCAGUCGUUGCGCGAAAAGGAAGUUUCCAGUUCUAUCGCAUUCGAGGACGCUUUGCACAAUCAGGUUUAUGUGAAACGAAUAGAUGCUCGUAGGAGACGCGACACCAGCGAGAUAUUUGAGAUAAUCAAGAAAAGAGAUCAUAGUUAUUACUCCGAGAAAGAGUCGACGGCCGAUAAACAAGUGAACAGUACUUACGUCGUAUUCGAAAGAGAGGUGCCUAGUCCAAAUCUCAGUUUCGUCAUGAAGAAUCUUCGACACUUUGCCUAUUAUAAUAUCGAGGUGCAAGCCUGUCGAGAGGUUGUGAAGAAUGAUACGAAUGAUACUUGCUCGACGAAGAGUAUGAAGACCUAUCGGACAUUACCACUGGAUAGUGCCGAUAAUAUCCCUGUUAAUACCUUCAGAUUGAGCAUUUCUGGUGAGAAUAAUAGUCUGACAACUGUCACGCUUUAUUGGGCAGAGCCACCGCAACCUAAUGGCUUGAUCGUUACCUAUCAAAUCGAAUAUAAGAGAGUGGACAUACAGAACAUAAAAGCAACCGUAGUCUGCAUCACCAGACGCGAUUUUACCAAAGCUGGCAAUUCCUACGUUCUCAAAGAUCUCCCAGCUGGUAAUUAUUCCAUCAAGGUCAGAGCUACCAGCCUCGCCGGAAAUGGAAAUUACACGGAGGCACAAUACUUCUUUAUCAAGGAAUACAGCAGCUUAGGACUGUUUUGGAUACUGUUUUGGUCUAUACUGUGCAGUCUCUUCGCAGUUAUGAUAUUCGUAGCGUUUUAUGUCUGUAAAAGAAAGUUUAUGCGAAAUGUUCCUAGUAGGAGACUCAUAGCAACGGUUAAUCCCGAAUACGUGAGCUCGGUUUACGUGCCCGACGAAUGGGAAGUACCCAGAAAGAAAAUUCAUGUUUUGAAAGAAUUAGGAAAUGGUUCCUUUGGUAUGGUUUACGAGGGUUUAGCUAGGGACGUUGUCAAAGGGAAGCCCGAAGUUCGUUGCGCUGUUAAAACAGUCAAUGAAAAUGCGACCGAUAGAGAAAGAAUAGAAUUUCUUAACGAAGCGUCCGUCAUGAAAGCUUUCAACACUCAUCACGUGGUAAGAUUGCUCGGUGUGGUGUCUCAAGGACAACCAACCUUGGUAGUAAUGGAGCUAAUGGUGAACGGUGAUUUGAAGACUUAUUUGAGAAGUCAUAGACCCGACGUCUGCGAAAAUUUCUCGAGGCAGCCACCGACCUUGAAAAGAAUCUUACAAAUGGCGAUCGAAAUAGCCGACGGUAUGGCUUAUCUUGCUGCAAAGAAAUUCGUUCACAGAGAUUUGGCAGCGAGAAAUUGUAUGGUAGCCGAAGAUCUUACAGUUAAGAUCGGUGACUUUGGAAUGACCAGAGAUAUAUAUGAGACUGAUUAUUAUCGGAAAGGUACCAAAGGUCUUUUACCUGUUAGAUGGAUGGCACCGGAAAGCUUGAAGGAUGGUGUCUUUACAAGUUUCUCCGAUGUUUGGAGUUAUGGUGUCGUUUUAUGGGAAAUGGUAACUCUUGCCUCGCAACCUUAUCAAGGUUUAUCGAAUGAUCAGGUAUUGCGGUAUGUAAUAGAGGGAGGUGUUAUGGAACGUCCUGAGAAUUGUCCAGACUCCCUUUACAAUUUAAUGAGACGUACUUGGUGCCAUAAAGCAACAAGAAGACCGACCUUCAUCGACAUAGCUACCAUAUUGUUGUCAGAUGUCAAUUUGGAAGCUUUCGAACGUGUCAGCUUUUAUCACAGUCCUGAAGGUAUCGAAGCAAGAAAUCAGAAUAUAUCUCAUUCGCCGCAAACGGACAAGGACCUAGAGAUGACGACUCUUCAAGAUUUACGCGAAGAGGAAGUCGAAGGUGAAGAGGAUUCUCCGUUGCGUCAAGACUUUGGUGAUUUUGCUAGUUUCGAACCGACCAGUAUUAAAAACAGUUUGAGUCCUCGUUACACGGUGGAACAAUACGGUGAGAAUUCCAAAACGACGACGAACUUCCAUGACAUGAAUUCGUCUAAGGUACCAUUGAAAGCAGGCUUCGAUGAUUUCGAUGGUAUUUCUGGAGAUUCUUUAGCGUCCAGCAAAGAUACUUUGAACUUGCCGUUCGUCGAGGAUAGUUUAAAAUCAGUGAAAAAUUCACCAUACAUACAUGCCAAAAGUACAUCAAGAGGAAACGUUAGUCAAACGUCGACAGCAAGAUCAACGAGUCCUCAGAGUUUGAUCAAGCAACAACAACAACAACAACAACAACAACGAACAUAUACAGAGAGUCCAAAUUCUAUGAAAUUUAAAUCAAGGAAUCCUGAUUAUGAAAAUAGUAGUCCAGAGAUAUUAGCAAACAUUGAAAAAAAGGCUACGAUCCCAUUAGAAUUAUCAUCGGUAGACACGGUAGAUAUUGGUAUCGACAUUGAUAAAAAGGAUGGACUCUCAUCGACGGUUGAAUAUGUUAAUAAACCAGAGACAUUGAACAAUGGUUACAUUGGUGGUAAUAAUACAACAACGUAGUCUAUGUAAAUCAAACUCUCCUCGAAUUAUAUUAAGCAACAAAGACUCAGCGCAGACCAUUUAUUUCUAAUAUCGCUAUGAACAAAGAGAGAAUGAGAGAGAGAGAGAGAGAGAGAGAGAAUGAGAGAAUGAGAGAGAAAGAAAGAGGAGAGUUGUUGUAAAAAAGGCAGUGUCUAAAACGAAGGAAAUAUAUUUCUGAUCCAUUUA